GACGCAGUAGCCAUAGAAAGGAAGAAGGCAACUUUUCCACUCUACCAAGUGCGCACGACAGAGGCUUCUGACGUUGUGCCGGUAAGUAAACGGUACUUCUAAAAGAAGGACAACACUUCAUACUUCAAACGCCAAAUCCUAAAAGAAGUUGGCAAACCACUGAACAGCCUCAGUGACACAAGGGGUAUUACUUCACUUCUUAAGAAUCCCUUCUUUAAACACAGGUUUGGACUCGGAAGACACCAUGAGUGAGCGUUUCGACUGCGACAACUGCAAGGAGUCGCUGUAUGGCCGGAAGUACAUCCAGGCGGAGGACAACCCCUACUGCAUCCCCUGCUACGACAGCCUGUUCGCCAACACCUGCGAUGAGUGCAAGGAGCUGAUCGGCCACGACGCCAGGGAGCUGUUUUACGAGGACCGGCAUUACCACGAGCACUGCUUCCGCUGCUUCCGCUGCGACCGCUCGCUGGCCGACGAGCCCUUCACCAGCCAGGAGGAGGCGCUGCUGUGCAACGACUGCUACUGCAAUGAGUUCUCCUCCAAGUGCGUCGCCUGCAACAAGACGGUCAUGCCAGGAACGCGAAAGCUGGAGUACGGAGGCAACACCUGGCACGAGAGCUGCUUUAUCUGCCACAGCUGCGAGCAGCCCAUCGGAUCGAAGGCUUUCAUCCCGGACAAAGAGGAUUACUACUGCGUGCCCUGUUACGAGAGCAAGUUCGCCCCACGGUGCACGCGCUGUAAGCAGACACUAGCUAAAGGCGGAGUGACCUAUCGGGAUGAGCCAUGGCACAAGGAAUGCUUUGUGUGCACCGGAUGCAAAGCCCAGCUGGCUGGUCAGCACUUCACCUCUCGCGACGACAGCCCCUUCUGUCUCAAGUGCUUCGGCAAUCUCUACGCCAAGAAGUGUGAGGCCUGCACCAAACCCAUUACAGGUUUCGGCGGGGGGAAAUACAUCUCAUUUGAGGAGCGGCAGUGGCACCAGACCUGCUUCACGUGCUCGCGGUGCUCCGUCUCGCUUGUGGGGAAAGGCUUCUUCCCGGAGAACGACGAGAUCUUGUGCCGCGACUGCAACAGCGAUUUAUAAACCACAGGCUCCGGCGGGCGCCCUGGAGACCGAACGUCAUUCACUAACUACAUAAACUACAAUGCGGGCUUUGGGAUGCACAGUGGAACAACGGUGGGCAAGUUCGGAGAGCGAAUGGACUGACGGAUAAACUGUUAAACGUUAAACCAAAAAAAAAAAUCUGUGAGGAUAAUGGUCACAAACCAAGAAACGCCAAAGAUGUACUUUCACCACAGUGCCUUACCUUUAAAUGUUUUUCUCACUCUACAUGUGAAGUGCCAGUGGAAAGGAAAUGGUUUCAAAGCUUGAUCUAUAGGUUUUUUAUGGUUAAAAUAAAAAAAAAACAUUUUCUUCUUUUAGGUUCCAGCGUUUCUAC